AGUACGUGUCUGGCAAAGAGCGGUCUUCACAGCGACCCUCGCGCGCGCGCCUCUUGCAUAGUCUUCAUCUCUUCAGUUAUUCCAGAAGAAGCCUCUCGUUUGAUACAUCUUCCUUCUCCCUUCUGACGCAGAUCGCGCCAUCUCUAGCCCCCCAGGGAUCCUGAUUCUUUUGCGUGGAACCCACCCUUAGCGACUCUGUCUACCAGCCUUUCAUUUCACUCACUCUCGUUGUCACCUCUUAGCUGCCUGAGCGUCCAUCUCAGUGAGCCUCACAAUGUCUGACAAGAAGAACGACGACUACGGCGUCCGGGACCCGGAGAAUGGAGAUGGCGGUAAGGUCGAGGCGGCCUACUCCCGCUCACCAUCGCCGCGAGGCAACAAUGGCGGCUUUGACUGGUCCAAGAUUGACAACAGCCCGGGAGCGUCUGUUCUCGGUUACUGCCUGGCUUCCAUUAGCAUGACCGUCGUCAACAAAUACGUUGUCUCUGGCUCUUCAUGGAACAUGAACUUUCUCUACCUUGCUAUUCAGUCCAUUGUGUGCGUAGUUGCCAUUCAAGCCUGCAAGCAGGCUGGCCUAAUCACCAACCUUUCUCCGUUUGAUCCGGAGAAGGGAAAGAGAUGGUUCCCUGUUUCUGUUCUUUUGGUUGGCAUGAUUUAUACUGGUGCCAAGGCGCUUCAGUACAUCUCCGUGCCUGUGUAUACCAUCUUCAAGAACCUUACCAUCAUUGUUAUCGCCUACGGAGAGGUGCUCUGGUUUGGGGGAAGCGUGACGCCCACCAUUCUUCUCUCCUUUGGCCUGAUCAUUUUCAGCUCCAUGGUUGCUGCAUGGGCUGAUGCUGAUGCCGCGGGCCGUUCAGCAAAGGCAUCUCAAUCCUUCAGCACUCUGCAGGUGGGCUACACCUGGAUGGGCUUGAACGUUAUCUGCCAAGCUGCGUUUGUGUUGGGCAUGCGCAAGGUCAUCAAGAAGAUGGGCUUCAAGGACUGGGACACCAUGUUCUACAACAACUUCUUGACUAUUCCUGUCCUGAUUAUUGGCUCUCUUUUGGUUGAGGACUGGUCUGCUGAUAACUUGGCACGAAACUUCCCCGAGGAGACGCGAACCAACCUCAUCCUCGGCAUGGUGUACUCGGGUCUCUGCGCCAUUUUCAUCUCCUACUCAUCCGCUUGGUGUAUCCGUGUCACCUCAUCUACGACCUAUUCCAUGGUGGGAGCCCUGAACAAGCUGCCCAUCGCCGUCAGCGGUCUCAUUUUCUUCGACGCCCCUGUUACCUUUGGCAGUGUUUCUGCCAUCUUCAUUGGUUUCGUCAGCGGUCUCGUGUAUGCUUGGGGCAAGAUUCGCCAGGGUGAAAAGGCCAAGAUGUCGCUACCAGUGACCAACAAGCCAGUCAUGAGCGCCAGCUCUCAGAGUAACAAUGACGCAUCAAAUGCGUAAACCCCUGGAUCAUGGAUUUAAAAAAGACUGUCGGUAGAAGGGUCGGAGCAGGAAGGAUGUUGGAGUUUGAGAAUUCAUGCUACUAUUGGGAAGCUAUAGAUUUUGUGGGAUUGUACUCUAGAUUUUUUGGGACCCAUGUGUGGAAGAGGUCAGGAAUUAAUGAUAGCAUUGUCUCGUCAUGACAAUUACGACUUGAUUUCAAAAG